UUCCACAUCAGCAGCAGCAGCAUUAACCACCUGGAACAAUCAGCCUAAAGGUGACACAAAAAUGACUCCUAAGCAAACAACCUGAUCCAAAUCCUGCAUUAAAAGAUUCCCACGAUGAGAAGAUGGAUGUGAAACAGACCGUGGCGGCUCAAAUUACAACCUCAGAUUCAGUUUGUUUUCAGCCUGCAACCAGCGGUGAUACUACGUGUGAUAGCUCACUAACUGAAUCACAUUACCCAGGAGCUAAGAACAUCAAUUCAAAAGAUGAUUCAGUGAAGGCAGAUGCUGAGAUAAGGUCAAACACAGGCCUCUCUGAGAGCAUGUCUUCAAACAGCCCGCAAUCAGCUGUUUUACAUGAGACAACAUCAUGUGAGCAGAGUGGUGAGAUCGUUGAGGAAUCCAGACCUUCCUCGGCUGAGUUAACAGAGAACGGUGGGGAAAUUAACUCCUCUAAGACACUUAAUGAGGAGAAGACUGAUGCCAAUGGAGAACCUUCAGCAGUUAAGAGUGAAACCAAAACCAAAACAUCUGGCUCUGACGGAGCAGAUACUCUAUUAGGAGACAGGCAGGUAGCAAAAGAGGGCCCUGAAGAUGUGGCUGCACCACCUGCUGAUGCUGGUGCACCUUUGGUUGAUGGGUUGGUUAUCACACAAGAAAUCAGCCAGAUCCCAGCCAGCACACAUCUGGAUCGCAACUCAGAAAAUGUUCCAGCAGACGGAACUGAGAGAGAUGGUGUCUCAAUGAGAGACAAGUCCCAGAGCCCACCAAGACCCAGGCCUGUUUCUGACCUCAUAAAAGAGACGAUUCAGCUGCAUGAGAAGUUGCAGCACCAUGAUCGACCCAAACUAGCAGAAGUUAAGUCUGCUGAGGAGCUGGCCCAGUCCGUGAAGGUGGCGCAGAUGAAAGCAGCUUUUGAUUCGCCUCAAAAAUCCCCAGACAAGACAGUCGAGAGGAAGCCAUCAGUGAGGAGAGAUAUGAGACGAGUAGUACGACAGAGCAAAUUCCGUCAUAUCUUUGGCCAGGCGGUGAAGUAUGACCAAUGCUACGAUGACAUUCGGGUCUCAAGGGUCACAUGGGACAGCUCCUUCUGUGCAGUCAACCCCAAGUUUGUUGCCAUAAUUAUUGAGGCCAGUGGCGGCGGAGCUUUUCUCGUUCUCCCUCUUCAUAAGUCAGGACGCAUUGACAAAUCCUACCCAACAGUAUGUGGUCACACAGGCCCUGUGUUGGACAUCGACUGGUGCCCACACAACGACCAGGUCAUUGCCAGCGGCUCUGAGGACUGCACAGUGAUGGUGUGGCAGAUUCCUGAGAAUGGCCUUGUGUCCUCCAUGUCUGAACCAGUGGUGGUUCUGGAAGGCCACUCAAAGCGUGUGGGAAUCAUCACAUGGCAUCCAACAGCACGAAAUGUCCUCCUUAGUGCUGGUUGCGACAACCAGAUAAUCAUCUGGAAUGUGGGCACAGGAGAGGCCAUGAUCUCCUUGGAGGAUAUGCAUCCUGAUGUCAUUUACAAUGUGACCUGGAACCGCAAUGGUAGCCUUAUCUGCACUUCCUGCAAGGACAAGUCAAUCCGUGUCAUCGAUCCCCGGAAGGAGACCAUUAUUGCUGAGAAGGAAAAGGCACACGAGGGCGCUCGACCAAUGAGGGCCAUUUUCCUCUCCAACGGCAACAUCCUCACCACCGGCUUCAGUCGAAUGAGUGAGAGGCAGCUGGCUCUCUGGAAUACGGAAAACAUGGAGGAGCCGAUGACCGUCAACGAGAUGGACACGAGCAAUGGGGUGCUGCUGCCCUUCUAUGAUCCAGACACCAGUGUUGUUUACCUCUGUGGAAAGGGUGACAGCAGCAUUCGUUACUUUGAGAUCACGGAUGAGGCUCCAUACGUUCACUUCCUGAACACCUUUGCGAGCAAGGAGCCGCAGAGGGGCAUGGGCUACAUGCCCAAGAGAGGCCUUGAUGUCAAUAAGUGUGAAAUUGCAAGGUUCUAUAAACUGCAUGAAAGGAAGUGUGAGCCUAUUGUGAUGACUGUACCAAGAAAGUCGGACCUGUUCCAGGACGACUUGUACCCGGACACAGCGGGACCAGACCCUGCCCUGGAGGCGGAGGAGUGGUUCGAGGGCAAGAACGGAGACCCCAUUCUCAUAUCCCUAAAGAACGGCUAUGUCCCUGGCAAGAACCGAGAGUUCAAGGUCGUCAAAAAGAACAUUUUGGACAGCAAGGUCAACAAGAACAUGGAGAAGUCAAUCCCUGCCAACAAGUCUGCUUCUUCAACUCCAUCAAUUAAAUCUGAGGCAAAGAUGGAGGAGAUCUUGAAAGAAAUCAAAUCCCUCAAGGACCUGAUCAGCAGUCAGGAGAAGCGAAUCAUCAAACUUGAAGAGCAGAUGUCCAAAGUUGCCAUUUAGGGGCCAUUUAUCCCCCCAUCCCACUACAAUUCAGGACGUUCCUUUAGCUGGGGACUUCAGGGUGAGCGGGAGCAGUAAUCCUCUGUCUUUCUGACGGCGUUUGGUCUGAAUCCUGCCAGCCAACGAUCCCCAGCAACAUUCCAGAUGAACUUUUUCUUAGCGAGAUCCCAACCCUCAGUUUAACACAGGUGGAAUAAGAAGGAUUUGGUAAAUUUAGCAGAAAGUACUUUUGCUUUUUGAUGAAAAGAACAUUCCUUUUUAUUCUGUUUCAGUCUUUUAAUUCCCCUAGCUGAUUAAAAAAAGAGGUCUUAAUUUGACUCAUUUUAGACUGACCAAAUCAACAACAGUUCCAGUUUCUGAUAUCUCUACAUUUUUAAGUAGGUGCCAGUGUUUCAUGUUGGCGUGUCCCAAAACGAAAAUGUUGCCAAAUUUAAAUUGUGUUUACACCUCCUGAACAGUAUUUUCUUUCUCUUUCUCUGUGAGACUGUUUUAGACUCAAACAGUGAAGCUUGGUGAAGUAGACUGCUUAUAUAAAGAGGAGAAUUUAAUCAUUUUACUACUAUGAAAACUGGUAAAGUAAUUGUAACAUGAUUGAAAUUUAAAUACCGGUUAAAGAAAAUGCAUUCCAGUUUUCCAGUCAACAUUAAACAUUUAGAAAAUAUCCCAAAUCACAAAUCCUUUGUCUUAGUUAAAACUGCACAAAUCUAUUCCUGCUUUUUUUUUUUUUCCCAUUGACCUCCAUGUAGACAUGCAUACCUUUCCUUCCCGCUACAUUCACAUGAACUCUGAAACUAUUGUAGAAAAUCACAUUCCACUGAUCUUAUUGGACAUUCAUGAAAGGACCAAGAAAAAUUCCCGCCUCCUCUCUCUGUAAACGGUCUGCUGUAGCAGCUCUGUGGCGCUGGUCACCUAGUUCAUGCUUUAUGUGGUGCAUGUGGAAAGAACAAUAAGAGCUUUUUUUCUUUCAUCUUUGCCGCAAAAACUGAUUUGUUUUUGUAGGACCUGCAACUUCCGGUCUCAGCGUUUGUUGUAAAUGGUCUUGCUAAACCCACAUGUAGUUAGUUUAUGUUUUCUGUAUAAUUAGAGAAGAAAAACAUCAACAACAAACUGAUUUAUUUCAGAGCAUCUUAUGAUAAAGGUGGAUAUUAUAGAAGAAGCUGUUCAUGAUGAAAAUCACUGUCCUGGGUGUCCCUGCUUUGUUUCCAGCUCAAAGCAAAAUGAAGGUCCAUUACCUGCCUAUAAUUUGGGAAAAACGAACAGUUUGGAUACCACUUACCUGUUGUUUUUUUUUUUUUAUUACUACUAUUCUGUUUCUUGUUCCAGCUGUGCUUGUAUCCCUCUUAGCACUUCCACUUUUAAAUCCUGUGAGUUAAUUCUGUCCUUAAAUCAGUGCAGUUAUUCCAAAUACCAGAACCAUUGGAUCGUCCAACCAGAGUCGUUGCGGUCCAACAGAAGCUCUAUUUUUCUGAGGUUUUACAUUUGUUUCCCAGUGGGAAGCUGAGACGGGUUAAUGGUUCAGUCUGUUGUUUGCCUUCGUUAAUUAACACUGUACAGACCUGAAAGUGCCAUAGAGGAAACCCUGAAAGUGUGUGUUGGAGGUUGUGUAGUGAAUGGAUGAAUUGAAAGGUGCCUGGAUUUUAAAACCACUUUGAGGUGCUAUACUUUGUACUGACACCCUGUUCCUAAAGUGCUGAUGACACCACCGAGUCCUGCCAGUCAUUCUGACACAUACACCAGGCAGCAUCUUCGCUCUGCGAUUAAUCUGAGCAUUGAGCCACUGACAUUCUGGCGUUUUUCUUCUUGGUACGGGUAUAAAAAUCGUUUUAAAUGGAUUUCAAACCAAGAAUUUUGCGGCUGUAGCACAGCCUUGGAAGUCAGCGGCCAUCAGGAUGCACUUUGAGCAGCGUGUUGUACAUUAACGGUAAUAGGAAAUCUAAUGAGGCUGCCGCUCCGUAGAUUUUAUUUUAUAGCAUGGUUGGUGCAAAAACUUUAGUAUCUAACAUCAAUCCAAAGGGAUAAUGUAGGUGGAAGUGGCGCUGAAAGAUAGGUGUAUGUUUGUAAUUAAGGUUUAGAAAAAUGAGUGAAAGCUGUGUAAAUAUGAUCAGGAAUCAUUUUGUUUUUUGUGGUUGUGCUAAAGAGGGUGUUUGUAUGGGUGAUGGGUUUUAAACGUCUUCCUCCUCCCCUCCUGUUUUGUGUUCCUUGCACCUUGCCCCCAUACAAAAAUAAGAGAAAAGCAGAACCUCCAUCGCAUAUGAAAAAUGAGAAACUAGAUCAGACAAAAACCAACCAGGAUGAAAGCCUCGGUGAGGUCUGCUCAGCUUCUUUUCAUUAUCCUUGCUUCAAAUAUUGGACAUUGAUUAUAAGAAAAUUAAUAAAGAAUUUUUAAAAUGAA